GUUCAUUAUAUCUGUAUGUUUUGAUUGGGCGAGAAUAAAUGUUUGAGGACAAAGAGAAAAGCCAUCCUUAGCUGGCUCGAUUCCACCGUUUUGUAAUCAAUCUUUCUUUAUCCUGCUUGCUUUCCUUGCCUUCCGCCUGCCUGUUAGAACGUACUACCUAGUGAUUUGAGAGAGGGAAUUUUUUGGUCAAGGUCUUAUGGAAAAGAGAAAUGGCGGAGCGGAGCUCAAGAAGGAGUUGAGGAGAUUAGUGGGUUUGGUCAUUCAGGAAGAGGAGGGAAAUGGGGGAUUGAUUACUGUUGAGGUUUUUGAUAAGAUUGGCGCUCUUUUGAAGGAUCUCAGAGAGUUGAAAUUUGGGCGGGCGGCGGAAUUGAGGCGGUCGGAUUUUGUUGGCCGGGUUGAGGAGGUGUCUGCUUGCUCGGAUUCGCUUCCUGUGCCGCCUGACUAUUUUCUCUGCCCGAUCUCUUCUGAUAUCAUGCGGGAUCCUGUCAUGCUUGCCACUGGUCAGACGUACGACCGACCAUACAUCCAAGCAUGGCUAGAUGCAGACCAUAGAACAUGCCCAAAGACGCAACAAGUCCUACCAAAUCUGAUCCUAACACCCAACUAUCUAGUCCGCAGCAUGAUCGAGCAAUGGUGUGAAACCCACGGCAUAGACUACCCACACAGCAAAGAACCUCCAGGGGGAGCCCCAGGUCUAAUGGCGCCCCACGAGGUAAAGUACGUGAGCCUCCUCCUCGACAAGCUAGCGGGAAAAUUCCAGUCACAGCAACGAGAAGCAGCAAAGGAGCUCCGAGUCCUCACAAAAAAGAAGCAAUCCCACCGGGUUUUCCUAGGCGACCCACGCACAAUUUCAAUCAUGACACCGCUCCUGCUGAGCCCAGAUGCAGAAACCCAAGAACACAUCGUCACAACAUUCUUCAACCUCUCAAUCCACGAGCCCAACAAGACUCUCAUCGCCCAGCAAGGCGCAAUCCAGCCCAUUGUUCAAGUCCUCUGUUGCGGCGCCACCGCCGCCGCCAGAGAAAACGCCGCCGCCACGCUCUUCAGCCUCUCCGCCGUGGACGAAAACAAGGCCACCAUCGGCGAGUCGGGCGCCAUUCCAGCUCUCGUCGACCUCCUCCGCGACGGCAAAUCCGCCGGCGGUCGAAAAGACGCCGCAUCGGCUCUCUACAAUCUGUGCCUCCGCCAUGAGAACAAGGCCACCACGGUUCGAACCGGUGUCGUGUCAGUGCUCAUGGGUCUGAUUGCUGAUCCCAACGACGCCAUGCGAGACCCCGCAUUGGCAAUUCUGUCGCUUCUGUCGUCCCACCACGACGGCGUCCAUGCAAUUUCAGCCGCCACUCCGGACCACGUAGCGGUGCUCAUGGAAUUCGUCAAGGGCGGCUCACGACACAACAUGGAGAACGCCAUCGUCAUUAUCGUUGCUCUCUGUAGCAACGAUCCCUCCAUUUUGACGGCGCUCAAGAGCAGCAAUGAUUACACGCAGGCACUGGUCAGUCUCAGCGUUACGGGCUCUUCCAGAGCCCGCCGCAAAGCGACUGUGCUCAUGGAACGAAUCAAUAAUCAAAUUCGUUCGGCUACAAUUUGACAGAGAGGGAGAGGAAUUGAAGGGAUUUUUUCGCCUUUUGGGCCGUGCUUUCGGGCAAAGCGGAGAUUUUUCGGACAUCGUUGCGAAAUGAAGAAUUGUCAGCAUCGUUGGGGCAAAAAUCGUCGCAGGUGCUCGCCAUGGCUGGGAUGGAAGGAUGAUUGAUUGAUUGAUUGAAGAUCUGGAUUUGUUUUCAAAUUGUUGGGGCCAUGUUUUUGUUCUGUGAAUUCAUUUCAAAUUUUUCGCAGAGCCGAUUGAUUGAGUAAUGUAAUUUAACAAGUCACGAAUUGCCCGCGUUUGUUUUUGUCACGGGCAAGGUUGACGCGGUGACUGACUGUGUUUAAUCAUAAUCGUUACAGUGUAUAGCGAAAUUGCUUACUGAUGAAAUAAAAAUUGUUACGUGGGGAAAUGUUUUCUGUUGGGAA